GCGUUUGCAAAAGUAUCACCGCGGUAUCGCCUACAUAUUCAACAACGUAUUCUCCCUUGGCUGACAGCAGGGAGAGAAGAAGACAACAAGAAGAAUGACAAUCGGCUGACAGCAAAUGCUAAGCGCCAAAAGUUUUUCAGGCGCCUGCUCAAAUUCAGACAGAUGGAUUUCGAAUAUGCAUUUUGGCAGAUGAUAUACCUGUUUGUCUCACCACAAAAGGUAUACAGAAACUUCCAGUAUAGAAAACAAACUAAAGACCAGUGGGCUAGAGGACCAGCAUUUCUGGUGUUGUUGUCAUUUUGGCUUUGUGCAUCAUCAGUGGGAUUCUCUCUGACUCUGUCUGGGUUUAUUGGCUUCAUUAAAUUUCUUCUGUGGGUAAUCUUCGUUGACUGCAUAGGUGUCGGACUAUUAAUUGCAACUUUGUCAUGGAUUGUGACAAAUAAAUACAUGGUAGUAAACCCACCAAGAGGACAGGAUGUUGAGUGGGCCUAUGCUUUUGAUGUUCAUCUCAAUGCAUUUCCACUCUUGAUGAUACUCCUUUUCCAGCUGCCACUGCUGAAUCAUUUUAUCAAUGCUGACCUUAUUAUUUCCUGUCUGUUUGGAAACACAUUUUGGUUGGUAGCUAUAGGCUACUACAUCUACAUUACAUUUCUGGGCUACAGUGCUUUGCCUUUCCUGAAGAACACACGAGCCUUUCUGUUUCCUAUGAUGGGGAUUUUACUUGUAUACAUACUAUCCCUCAUAUUUGGCAUCAACUUCACAAAACACUUAUGCACCUUUUACAAAUUUCGUGUCAACUGAUCCAUCUACUGGAGGUACUCAAGGAAUUGCGAUGAAAGGCCCACAGGAAACAUAAGGGCCUGCAUGCACUUCGUUUGUGAGAAAAUUCCUUUCACAAGAUUUUACUAAUAUGGAUAUAUACAUAUGGAAAAAUUCAUUCUGGGUUCUUUUUUCCAUCCUGACAUUACUGUUGGACAGCUUUUAUGGCACAAGAUGCAGAAACAGUCUGUCAGCUGUUUUGUUGUUCAACUGACUGUGAUUUCUGUUUUCUGUGUAGUUGACAGAAUUUGUGUUACGUGCUACAUUCUCCUCUGGACUGCAAAAACAGAGGUCUCUGAAAGAUAAAUGUGUAUUUGAAAGAACUGUGUGGGUCUUUAACUUUACUGUGUAUUAACAUAGUAUUAUUUGCACAGUGCAGAGAAAAUAGCUAGUACAGCUGCAGUGCAAGUAGGUGAGAAUGUUUCUUUUACAGACUUUUUGUUCGACAGUAUACAUUGCCUGGAGGUUACAUGUAUGGUGUGUAAAUGUGUGUAUAUGUAUAUCUGUGUGGUGUGUUUGUGUGUGAGAGAGAGAGAUUGGCAUUUAUAUUUUUGUGCACAUGUAAAUAAGAAUAAAAGAAAAAAUCUUGAAAAAUACAUUUUUGCAUAACUCAGAUGAAAGAAGGUCUUCCAGUCUGAGCUCAUUCACACUUAUUUAAUCUUCAUUUUUGAUAUAGGGACAAAAACAUCAUACUUGCUAUGGAUAACAUUGAAGUAGUGUAAGUAAGAAGUAUCAUAUGACGGCUAUCAUUUUCAGUUUGUGGUUCUACUGAAACUAGCUUAAAAGUAUUGCAAGACUGACCCUAAAUAAAUGGUCUGAUGCCAUAUUUUGACAUUUCAUUUUGAUGUAGCUGUCAGUGUUGUUUAUAUUAAGGCUUUUCAUUAACUUGGGGGAUUUAAUAGCCUUCACCUCUGAUCUGCUGGAGGAUGUCACUGACUGCUUGCUUCCCAUC